GCGGGGGGGGUAAGGCAGUGGCCGCCAGCCUGUGGUUCGCGUGCGCGCCGCCUGAGCGCGGGAGGGAGCCAGCAGCCUGCACCGUCCGUCGGGGCUCCGGGGGCGGCACGGUGGAGUCGCCGUCGGGUCGCGGCCAUGGAGCUGUGGCCCUGGGUCACCUCGGCGCUGCUGCUGCUGCUGCUGCUAGUGCAGUUGAGCCGCACGGCCCGGUUCUACGCCAAGAUCAGCCUGUACUGCGCGCUCUGCUUCUCCGCCUCUGCCGUGGCAGCGGUCGUCUGCCUGUUGCGACACGGGGGCCGGACGGUGAACAACAUGAGUAUCAUCAGCUGGUUUGUGAGGACCUUCAAGUAUGUCUACGGCCUGCGCUUCUCGGUGAAGGGCCUCGAGAAGCUGGAGGGGGACCAGCCUUGUGUCAUCAUUUCCAACCACCAGAGCAUCCUGGACAUGAUGGGCCUCAUGGAGAUCCUCCCCAAGCGCUGUGUGCAGAUCGCCAAGCGGGAGCUGAUGUUCAUGGGCCCCGUGGGCCUCAUCAUGUACCUGGGGGGUGUCUUCUUCAUCAACCGCCAGCGCUCUAGCACUGCCAUGUCCGUGAUGGCUGAGGUGGGCCAGCGCAUGGUCUCGGAGAACCUCAAAGUGUGGAUCUACCCUGAGGGCACCCGAAAUGACAAUGGGGACCUGCUGCCUUUCAAGAAAGGGGCCUUCUACCUUGCGGUGCAGGCCCAGGUGCCCAUCAUCCCUGUGGUGUACUCUGCCUUUUCCUCUUUCUAUGACCCCAAGAAGAAGCUCUUCACCUCAGGAACCAUCAAGGUGGAAGUGCUGGACGCCAUCCCCACCAGUGGCCUCACUGUGGCCGAUGUCUCCAAGCUUAUGGACACCUGCCACCAGGCCAUGAGGACCACCUUCUUCCACAUAUCCCAGAUACCCCAGGAGAACGGGACCCCAGUGGGGCCUAGGGCCCACCCAGUCGAGUAACCAAAGUCACAGUGGGGCGAGACCUGGGGGGGCAGGGUGGCAGGAGUUGACCAGAGACUGGACAGAGGGACCCCUCCCCUGUGCCACCUGCCAAAUAUCACUGUGCCCUGCCUCAUGGCUCCUGGCUUGCAUUUGGCCCAGGCAGCAGGACUCCUGUUCACUGACCCUUCCACUGCCCCCACCCAUCAAAAGGGAAUCAGAGGAUUCCACAGUCUGCUGCCUCUAGGAUCCAGGGCAGGAGAGGCUGGGGGCCAGGGCUGGCUGGGCUGGCAGGCCUUUGGGAAAGUGGGCAUAGAGACUGGCUCCACACUGGUCCUGUCCAGCUGCUGGAGGCUCGCUGGGAGCAGAAAAAGUCUGAGAGACUACCUGCCAGCCUCACGCAGUCAGAGCCUGGGGAGCUUGAGUAGGCCAUGCUGUUGCCGGCCUUGGGAGGGAAGCUGGACGGCACUGUGCUUAAGUCUGUGUUUUUAUAAAUGAACUUGUGCAAGUG